AUGGUGUAUAAGGGGUGGAGAGAAACGACGAGGAGGCUGUGUAAAGCUGAGGAAAUGCUUAGGAUUAGGGUUCCGGUCUGGGCUCAGGUCGGGCUUGUUGGAUCGGUUUUGCAAAAGUGUUUGGGCCUCGUUAACAUCUCUCUUAGAAUUGAAAGUGGCAGUGAUGGAGUGGAGUUGGUGGUGGUGAUGAAGGCGGAGUUGGUGGAUGUUGUAGUGGUGGUGGUGGUGGGGAUGGCGGUUGUGGAGGUGGUGGUGUUGGUUGUGGAGAUGGUGGUGGAUGUGGAGGUUUUGGAGGAGGUGGUGGUUUAG